AUGAACACAAAAUACAAUCCUGAGGUAGAAAAAGAGGUUCUUGACUGGAUCGGACAGCUAACAGGAGCCAGCAUUGAACAGGGGAGGGAGAGGGUAGCCGCUGCUCUGCGGGAUGGUGAAAUUCUCAUCAAGCUAGCGAAUGUAAUUUACGAAGAAACACCCAAAUUACCUAGCAGUGCUGCUAAUCUUCGUCGACCCUUCAAAGCAAAUACUUCAAAGAUACCAUUUAAGAUGAUGGAGAAUAUCGAAACAUUCGUAAAUGCAUGCGCUGCCUACGGAGUGCCGAAAACAGGCCUGUUUCAAACUGUCGACUUGUUUGAAAUGCGCAACAUUGGUCAAGUCAUAAAUUGCAUCUACCAACUUGGAACUGAGGCAAGUUCUGAGGGCUUUCGCCUUAAUGUUUGCGCAUCGAUCCGCUUCACUCUUGAAGAGGAGCGAAUGGUCUCUUUCAAGGAUGCUACUGCACCAACGUGUCAGCGUCAUAAUUUUAAAGGCCCAAAGUGUGGACCGAGGCCUACAUAUGAGAAUAAGAGGACGUUUUCACCUGAACAAAUAGCUUUGUCAAACACAGUAAUUGGGCUGCAAGCCGGUUUCAACAAAGGCGCCAGUCAAAAGGGCAUGAGCAUGGGCGCUGUCCGCCACAUCGCUGAUAUAAAGACGGAUGAUAUGUCUAGAGAAGGACAGGGUAUCAUCGGCCUGCAAGCAGGAUCAAACAAGGGUGCCAACCAGUCAGGGAUGAACAUUGGUGCAGUGCGUCACAUUGCUGACAUGAAAAUCGAUCCAAUGUCAGCAGAAAGUCAAACAGUGAUUGGUCUUCAAGCUGGCUCAAACAAGGGUGCCAACCAGUCCGGUAUGAAUAUGGGUGGCAUUCGUCACAUCGCCGAUAUCAAGACCGAAAGCAUCUCGGAGAGUGGAAAGAAUGUAAUUGGUCUGCAGGCUGGAACAAAUAAGGUGGCCAAUCAGUCGGGAAUGAGUAUGGGUGGUAUCCGCCAUGUAGCCGACCUCAAAGUUGGCUCAACUACAGGUGCAACUCAGGCCGGGUUAUCAUUUGACGGUCGGCGCGACAUCACAAAACCUACAGGAGAUUUUUAG